AUGUCGUCGGACGCAAAACACGAGGCGCUCCAGCCUAUCCACCCGUCAAUGGUUGGCAAGUUGGACCCCGUCUUCGAGAAGCUGUACAACGACAAUGUCGCCAGCACGCCACUGCGUCCAAUUGACCUCUCGGUCCUUCGAUCGAAAUACUCUGUUCUCUACUCCUACGGCACCGGUCCCGCGCCCGAUGUUGCCAAGACGUUCGACACCGAGAUCACCACCCAUGAGGGCAUCCCGCUCAAAGUGCGCGUCUACCAGCCGGAGGGGCCUGGUCCUUGGCCUGUGCAUAUCGACUAUCACGGCGGUGGCUGGGGUCUCGGCGAUUUAGAUACAGAGAGCCAUAUCUGCAAGCACAUUUGCAACAAGGCUGGUGUUGUGGUCAUUGACGUCGCCUACCGCCUCGUUCCAGAGCAUGCGUUCCCUUGUGGAGUUACGGACAGUUUCGCGGCGUUGAAAUAUAUCUACGAGAAGGGCGCCCAGGAGUUCAACAUUAUUCCGGGAAGUAUCUCCGUAGGCGGCGUGUCCGCUGGUGGAUUCAUUGGUCUUGCGCUGGGUCAUAUGGCUCGCGAUGCAGGCAUCCCGCUCAAGCUCAUCGCAGUGGGAACUCCGGUGAUUGACGAUCUAAGCCAAUACUCCAGCGCGGCCGAUUCACCAUUCCCAUCCAUGCAGGAGAACGAGCACGCGCCGACGCUCAAUUGGGGGAGGCUCGCCUGGUUCGACAAGCUAAAGUGGAGUUCUCUCGGCGCGACGGCGGAAGAGAUCGCAGAGAAGCGCAAGCAAGUUCCCGAAUUCUACGCAAACCUGUUCAAAGCGGACAGGUUCGACGGUCUCCCCAAGACGGUCAUCUAUACAGCGGGCGCAGAUCCUCUGAGGGACGAGGGCGAGGCGUACGGAAGGAAGCUGAUUGACAAUGGGAUUGAGGUGACGAUGAAGCGAUUCCCAGGCGUACCGCACCCGUUUAUGCACAUGGAUAAGGACCUGUGGCAGGCGAGCGAGUUUAUCGAUCAGAUUGCAAGGGAGAUUCGGGUGGUAUUGCAUGAUAAAUAG